AUGAUUGACAAGCUGUUUGCUAUGAGCUACUUCUUGUUCAUCCUGGAGGGGUUUCCUGCUGUCCAGCACCUGGGAAACGUCCUGUUCCUGGUGCACCUGCUGGCAUACCUGGCCUCCCUCACUGGAAACACCCUCAUCAUCUCCAUCACCUGGGCUGACCAUCGCCUCCACACACCAAUGUACAUUUUACUCAGCAGUUUCUCCUUCUGUGAAUGCUGUUUAAUUACUACAGUUAUUCCUAAAUUGCUGGUCAUCUUUCUUUUAGGAAGGCAAACAAUUCCCUUUACUGCUUGUCUCACACAAGCCUUUUCUUCCUUAUUUGUUGGGGCAACGAUUUUCUUCCUCAUGGCUGCCAUGUCCUUGGAUCGAUACCUGGCCAUUUGUAAGCCUCUACAGUACCCGACCAUCAUGAAUCUGAAGGUUUGUUUCUUUCUAGUUUUCUUCUGCUAUGCUUUGUCCUUCAUCACCAUCACUGGUCUGGUCAUCGAGGUUUCCCAGCUGUCCUUCUGUGGCCCUAAUAUCAUCCCUCAUUUCUUCUGUGAUCUUGGCUCCUUAAUUCAUCUCUCCUGUUCUGGAACUAGACCUAUUGAAAUGUUGGCAUUUGGUCUCACUUCCUUUAUCCUUUUUUCAUCCUUCCUUAUAACCUUCUUUGCCUAUAGCAACAUAGUAGUCACUAUCAUGAGGCUCCCAUCAGCCAAGGAGCGGCAGAAAGCUUUCUCCACCUGCUCCUCC